AUCCCCUGAUGAAAGGUGCUAGAGAAGGACUGCGGAUUACAGUUCAGUGCUGAAAAGGGUGUCAGAUAAGAACAAUUUCCUAGCUUUAUUGUCACAGUAAGAUGUGAACAGUCUGAUUCACCCUAAGCACAACCAGGUUCCUGGAAAUGAAGAUUGCAGCAGUGGCUGUGUUGCUGUGUACAGCUCAGAGCAAGGCUUGUCAGUGUUCCACAUCAAUUCCUGAUGUCAGGCUGAUCCUGGCUGCCAGCAGCCAGCUCUCACAAUGAAAGGCACCCCUUAAGCUUGAAUAUAGCAAAGGCAAGGAUGGCAGGGGAGAGGAGUAUAAAAGUGUUGUUUGCAGCAGUACCUAGCAUGAAUGUCAGUGAGCACAUUCCAAGAGGAGCACAUUCAUGCUGAGGAAUUAACUGCAUCUGUGUAUCGCUGAUAGCAAAUGGGCAGCAUGAGUUCUUGUGGCUGUUUGUGGCCACUGUAUCUUUAAUGAGCUUGGGCUGCUGUUCCUUGUUAUACACUGGAAUGAACUUUUCCCCAUUCUUUCCCGAAUGGGGAGACUUCUAUUCAUUACUGUGACCGAUAUGGCAAUUUCCUGGGCAAACCUCACUUAAAUGAAAUUUAAGUAUCUUAGGAGUUGAUUGUAUAAAAAAUGCUAAUAUUUAUGUACAGUAUUGUGGGAUUAUAUGCAGCUUCUUUCAUGAGGGGACAGGAUUAAUGUAAACCCUGGGAAGUGCUAUGAGCUUCAGAGGACUCUUUGGAACAGUGUGCUAGACAAACCAAAUUAAGUGGGCUUGCUAGGAAAUACUUGGGAGGAGGGGAAGGUGCCUUCUCACCCAAUUUUUAGAAGCUGUGCCCUGAGGAGAAGUGCAUUGUCUGCUGAUCGCCUGUUAUAUGAGGACAAGCUCAGAAUCCCAAACUGGAUACAAGACUAACUCUCAGAUUUGCAGGCGGGGGAAAGGGGGUGCGCUUGUUCUGAGCAAAAGCUGUUAUGAACUUGUGGCCACAGAAAAACUCCUGUGUUGGGGUUGGAAGGACUGUUCAUCCGCCAGAAGCCUUGUUGGAGUUAGGGGAGCAUCUCUGGAGCAGCCUCCUUAUCCUGGAUAUGGUUCCAACUACUGGAACUCUGCGGUGCAGCCUAGAGCCCCCUACCCAAGUCCGUACCCCGCUGGACCUGAGUUACAAAGCCAGGGACUGGAGUCUCCCUACACAAAUGGAGCCUAUGGCGCCCCUGGAGCUGCUCCACACUAUGCUAAUCUGCCACAGUCAAACACCUACUAUUCUUCUGGGCACCCUCGGGCCUCCUACCCAGCAGAAUCUCUGAGCAUGUACCGACCGCCAUCGCCAGCCUCGCAUUGGCAUUAUCCCCCACCAGACUGCCCCCCGGAAGGUCCCUCUCUCAGGAGGCAGGCCCCAGGAUACUCCCCACCACUGACCCCAGGUAUGCCUGUCCCGCACUAUCCAUAUGGAGGGGAUACCAACCCUGGCAUUCCACAGCAAGGGCCACCACCACAACCAAGACCUCAGGAUGAAUCGUGGGCUUCCUCUGGCAUCUAUGGAAUGCAGCCACGUUACGCCUGGCCUGCUGCUUCGACACCCCAAGGAAGUUCAUUUAUUUCAGAAUCAUCUCCAUCCUGGUCUGGCAAUGGAGCUCCUUCUCCUCAUCCUCCAGCUCAUGAUACAAAGGAUGCUACUUAUGACAAACCAGACCAAGGAGCAAACCACAACAACUACUUUCCAGAAGUCAAUCAGCAGCCCUCUGGGACUAUGAAUGAUCAUAAGUCAACUCAAUUCAACACCAAACCAUCCCAUUUCAAUUCCAAAGUGCAGUACUGCGCACAGCCCCAAAUGUAUAAUAAUGUACCUAGGAAACCACCUUUGAACCAGGAUGCAGGUUUUAAACCCAGCGACCAGCCUUUGUCAAACUCCCUGGGAAUUCAGCCAGGGAUUCAAAGAGUUAUGCAAGUUAUGGAGGAGGUUGAGCAGUUGGAGCAAGAAGUGGAUGAAUUUGUAGGAAAAAAGACAGACAAAGCAUACCGGCUUCUGGAGGAAAUGCUGACCAAGGAGCUGUUGGAACUGGAUUCCAUAGAGACUCAUGGCCAGGACAAUGUUCGACAGGCUAGGAAGGAGGCUGUUCAUAGAAUCCAGGCCAUACUGGAAAAACUGGAAAAAAAGGGAUUGUGAAAGACCGAUGGUAACAACUCAAGGCCUGCUAUGGACAUCCAAAAGCGCUCUGGUUAGGCUUAAUUUUCAGCCUGCUUCUAACUACUGUUGACCAUGAAAAGCAAUAAAGUCUGACUAUACUUUAAUUUUUUUUUAAACCCAACAAAUGAUAACUUGGCUGUGGACGAAUGAAGGAAGGAUUGAAACAUCAGUCCUGAAUUUUCAGGUUGUUAUUCCAGGCCAAUGAAUGUACAGACAACUAUGGAAUUCUGACAUUGCCAAACAAAGUGCUUUUGCCUCUGUGGGUGUCUACGUGCUUUUCAUCAGCAGGAGAGGAAACCAUUGUAUGGAACAGACUUUUCUGUACUAGGCCAAAUGUGUGUCUGUAGAUGCCACCUGCUGCCCCAUGGCUUCUUAAACAGCUGGAAUUUCUGUUAGUUACAAAGGCAUUGUAACACACAGCAAGUAAAACAGGACUUCAGGCUCUUGGA